AUGGAGAACCGCAUGCUGACCGUAGUGAGCGGACUGGACAUGGUCAACAUCACCUACCUGAACUUCAUGGCCUUCCAGGAGGAGAUCGCCAAGGAAUGGGCCGAGGAGCUGUUCAAGUUGGCGUCAAACCUCUUUGUGCAGAACAUGUCCAAAGAAGACAGUCUGGAGAAAGCAUACACCCGACUGAAGCUGCAGCUCAACCCCGAGGGGAGAAUUCCAGUCAAGAAUUUCUUCAGAAUGUUCGCUGACCGGAAGAGAGUGGAGACUGCUCUGGAGAACUGCAACCUCCCGUCUGGCAGAAGUGACUCUAUCCCACAAGAGGACUUCACUCCAGAGGUUUACACACAGUUCAUCAGCAACAUCUGCCCUCGUCCAGAACUCGACCAUAUCUUCUCUGACAUGGGUGCAAAGAGCCGUUCGUACCUCACGGUGGAACAGAUGACAGAGUUUAUCAACAGUAAACAACGAGACCCACGGCUCAACGAGAUCCUCUACCCUCCUCUGAAGCCCGAGCAGGUGCAGCUGCUGGUGGACAAGCACGAGCCCAAUCCAGAGCUGGCCCAGAGAGGUCACAUUUCGGUGGAAGGUUUCGCCCGGUACCUGAGUGCAGAGGAGAACAGCAUCAUCCCCCCGGAAAAACUGGACCAGAGCGAAGACAUGACCUACCCUAUGUCCCACUAUUUUAUCAACUCUUCCCACAACACGUACCUCACGGCUGGUCAGCUCGCGGGGAAUUCGUCAGUGGAGAUGUACAAACAGGUGUUGCUGUCCGGCUGUCGCUGCAUCGAGCUGGACUGUUGGAAAGGCCGCACCACAGAGGAGGAGCCGGUCAUCACACACGGCUUCACCAUGACCACAGAGAUCUCCUUCAAGGAAGUGAUUGAGGCGAUCUCAGAGUGCGCAUUCAAGACCUCUCCCUUCCCAAUCAUCCUGUCUUUUGAGAACCACGUCGACUCACCAAAGCAACAGGCCAAAAUGGCGGAGUACUGCCGGUCAAUAUUCGGAGAUGCAUUACUGACAGACCCCCUGGAGAAAUAUCCUUUGGAGUCUGGCGUCCCUCUGCCCAGCCCCUUUGAGCUCAUGGGGAAAAUCCUGAUCAAAAACAAGAAGAAGCACCACAAGAAGGACAGCACCAAGAAGAAGCUUUCAGAGCAGGUUUCCAACACGUGCAGCGACUCGUCCAGCGUCUGCGAGCCCUCCUCCCCCAGCGCCGGUUCCACAAAAGAGGAGCUGCCCGACGCACAGCCGCCUGAAGGGGGCGAGCUCAGCCUCCGACCUCAUGGCAGAAAAUCUAUCAGUGAAGUCGAGGCUGAGAGUGAAGAUGAAGACGAUGACGACGAUGACUGUAAAAAAGGUUCCAUGGACGAGGGCACAGCCGGCAGCGAGGCCUUUGCCACAGAGGAAAUGUCCAACUUGGUCAUCUACAUCCAGCCGGUCAAGUUCAACAGCUUUGAGGCUUCCAAAAAAAUCAACCGCAGUUUCCAAAUGUCGUCCUUUGUGGAAACGAAAGCUCUGGAACAACUGACCAAAUGUCCUGUGGAGUUUGUGGAAUACAACAAGUCUCAGUUGAGCAGGAUCUACCCCAAAGGCACCAGAGUGGACUCCUCCAACUACAACCCACAGCUCUUCUGGAACGCCGGCUGUCAGCUCGUCGCACUCAACUUUCAGACGAUAGAUCUGUCCAUGCAGCUGAACCUGGGCAUGUACGAAUACAAUGGGAAAUGUGGCUUUAGACUCAAACCUGAGUUCAUGAGGCGGCCAGACAAGAACUUCGAUCCUUUCACUGAGAGUACCGUGGACGGGAUAGUCGCCAAUACUUUAUCUGUCAAGAUCAUAUCUGGCCAGUUUUUAACGGAUAAAAAAGUGGGCACAUAUGUGGAGAUGGACAUGUUCGGGCUCCCGGUGGACACCAAGAGGAAAGCCUUCAAGACAAAGACGUCUCAGGGCAACGCCAUCAACCCAGUGUGGGAGGAAGAGGCCAUCGUCUUCAAGAAGGUGGUGUUGCCCACUCUGGCUUCUCUGAGAAUAGCCGUGUUUGAAGAAGGCGGCAAAUUCAUUGGUCAUCGGAUCAUUCCCGUGUCCGCCAUUCGCCCGGGUUACCGCUACAUCAGUUUGAGGAAUGAGAAGAACCAGUCUCUGACUCUGCCGGCUCUGUUCGUGUACGUGGAGGUGAAGGACUACGUUCCUGACACGUUUGCUGAUGUUAUUGAAGCUCUGUCCAACCCCAUCCGCUACGUGAACCUGAUGGAGCAGAGAGCCAAUCAGCUCGCAGCACUGACCCUGGAGGAGGGCGGGGAGGAGGAGGGCGACAAGGAUGUGGAGGCCGGCAGUGAUGCUCCCUCUGAGUCUAAAGUGGACUCUCGGGUCACGUUACCAGCGGAGAACGGCUUGAGCCACACGCCCAUCAUCUCCCCCAAACCACCCUCACUGGGGGGGCACCAGCCACAGCCCACAGGCUCCUUGAAGCCUGCGGUGAAGACGGAGGACAUCAUCCAGAGCGUGCUGACAGAGCUGGAAGCACAGACGCUGGAGGAGUUGAAGCAGCAGAAGACGUUUGUCAGAGAGCAAAGGAAGCAGUACAAAGAGAUGAAGGAACUGGUCCGAAAACAUCAUCGAAAAACCACAGAGCUCAUCAAAGAACACACGGCCCGAGUGUCGGAGCUGCAGAGCCAACAGCAGAGGAGGAGGUCUGCGCUGCUCAAGAGCCACAAGAGGGAGGGCAAGAAGAGCCGCUCGGAGCAGUCCCUGUCUACACUGGAUCAGGAGCUGUCGGAGCUGGACCAGGAGUGCCAGCAGAGACUGAGCGAACUGAAGGAACAACAGCAACAGCAGCUGCUCACUCUGAGACAAGAGCAGUACUACAGCGAGAAGUACCAGAAACGAGAGCAUAUCAAACAGCUGGUGGAGAAGCUGAACACCAUCGCGGAGGAAUGUCAGAGCGCACAACUCAAGAAGAUCCGAGACCUGUGUGAAAAAGAGAAGAAAGAACUCAAGAAAAAGAUGGACAAGAAGAGACAAGAAAAGAUCAACGAAGCCAAAUCUAAAGACAAAAACGUCACUGAAGAAGAGAAGCUGGAGAUCAACAGGUCGUUUGUCAAUGAAGUGGUGCAGUACAUUAAAAGGCUGGAAGACGCACAGAGUAAGAGACACGAGAGACUUCUGGAGAAGCAGAAGGACAUCCGACAGCAGAUACUGGACGAGCGGCCGAAGGUACAGUCAUAG